AUGCGGGGUGCAGUGUGCGGGGAGCAGGAGCGGGAUGCGGGGUGCAGCGUGCGGGAGCAGGAGCGGGAUGCGGGGUGCAGCGUGCGGGGUGCAGGAGCAGUGUGCGGGGUGCAGCGUGCGGGGAGCAGGAGCAGUGUGCGGGGUGCAGGAGCAGUGUGCAGGAUGCAGUGUGCGAGGUGCAGGAGCAGUGUGCGGGGUGCAGGGUGCAGGAGCAGUGUGCGGGAGCAGUGUGCGGGGUGCAGGGUGCAGGAGCAGUGUGCGGGAUGCCCGGUGCAGUGUGCGGGGUGCCCGGUGCAGUGUGAGGGAUGCAGUGUGCGGGGUGCAGGACCAGUGUGCGGGAUGCAGUGUGCGGGGUGCAGGAGCAGUGUGCGGGGUGCAGGGUGCAGGAGCAGUGUGCGGGAGCAGUGUGCGGGGUGCAGGGUGCAGGAGCAGUGUGCGGGGUGCAGGAGCAGUGUGCGGGGUGCAGGGUGCAGGAGCAGUGUGCGGGAUGCAGUGUGCGGGGUGCAGGAGCAGUGUGCGGGAGCAGUGUGCGGGGUGCGGGGUGCAGGAGCAGUGUGCAGGGUGCAGGAGCAGUGUGCGGGAUGCAGUGUGCGGGGUGCAGGAGCAGUGUGCGGGGUGCAGGGUGCAGGAGCAGUGUGCGGGAUGCAGUGUGCGGGGUGCAGGAGCAGUGUGCAGGGUGCAGGGUGCAGGAGCAGUGUGCGGGAGCAGUGUGCGGGGUGCAGGGUUCAGGAGCAGUGUGCGGGAGCAGUGUGCGGGGUGCGGGGUUCAGGAGCGGUGUGCGGGGUGCAGGGUGCAGGAGCAGUGUGCGGGGUGCAGGAGCAGUGUGCGGGGUGCGGGGUUCAGGAGCGGUGUGCGGGAGCCCUGUGCGGGGUGCAGGGUUCAGGAGCGGUGUGCGGGAGCAGUGUGCGGGGUGCAGGAGCAGUGUGCGGGGUUCAGGAGCAGUGUGCGGGGUGCAGGGUUCAGGAGCGGUGUGCGGGAGCAGUGUGCGGGGUGCAGGAGCAGUGUGCGGGGUGCAGGGUUCAGGAGCGGUGUGCGGGGUGCAGGGUUCAGGAGCGGUGUGCGGGAGCCCUGUGCGGGGUGCCGGGCCCCGAGGGCGGCGGGCGCGGGGCGGGGGCGCGGCCCGCGGGAUCCGCGCUGGCUGCGGGCGGAGGGCGGCGCUGGCGGCGGGGCCGGGCCGGGGCAGCGGAGCAUUGUCCGCCCCCGGGGCUGCGCGGAGCGGGACUGGCCGCGCCGCCCGUGCCUGGCUGGAAGUGA